ACGUAAGCAAGUGUGGAAAAUCACUUCUUUGGUUUUGGUUUCGGACACAUGAAUUCAAAACUAACCACCAAAUUCUCCACCGCGCUUCUGGUAAGAAGGAAGAAGAAGACGAUUCAGACUCUGUGAAAAUUUCCACAUUGUUAUUAAUCAAUCGAAUUCAUAAACAAACAAUGCCAUCAUCAUCGACGAAGGAUCUUACGAGACUAUUCAACGGUCUCACUUUAAUCGCUAACGAAUAUGCCAAACGUUCAUUACCCGCCAGAACUUCAGAUUUCGAAACCCUAAUUAAAACCGCUCUUCUCUCCGCCACCAACGUCUCCGGCAUCACCAAAGGACAACUUCGUCAAUUCUCCCCUCCUCAACCCUCCAACGACUCUUCCUCCGAUUCUUCUUCCAGUACUCCUUCCGUUGUUGUUUUCUCCGAUCAACCUUCUUCUUCUGCACCCGAUUCAACACCACCGCCACCGUCACCGUCACCGGCAACUACAAAGAUAGAAGUAGUUACGAAUAAUGACGUUUUUGCUGAGGUUUCUAAUGAAACGAAUCGACCAGUGGAAACUACCGAUGCAACUGUUUGUGCCACGGCGGGGAAUGAAAGUGAGGUUGUGAGUUCUAGUGAAACGGUUAAGCAAGGUGGAACUACGAGCGAGGAAGUGCCGGUGAGGAAACGAAGGCCGAGGGAGAGGAAGGUUCCUGCUACUCCAUUUUCCAGAGCUCUUGGGUUUGCUGGGCUAGGAGCUGGUCUUGCAUGGGGAACAGUUCAGGAAUCUGUCAAGAGGCUUGCAUAUGGUACACCUACUUCGCAAGGCAAUCAAACUACACUUUCACCGUUCUUGUCUGAUAAAAAUGCCGAACGCUUAGCUCUUGCACUUUGCAGAAUGCGUGGAGCCGCACUUAAAAUCGGGCAGAUGUUGAGCAUACAGGACGAGUCUCUUGUUCCUGCUCCGAUCCUGGCUGCUUUGGAAAUUGUUCGUCAGGGUGCAGAUGUGAUGCCAAAGAGCCAGCUUAAUCAAGUUUUAAAUGCCGAGUUAGGUCCUCAUUGGUCAUCAAAUCUGCAUAGUUUUGAUUAUGAACCUUUAGCUGCUGCAAGUAUUGGUCAGGUGCACCGAGCUGUCAUGAAGGAUGGCUUGCAAGUUGCAAUGAAAAUUCAAUACCCUGGUGUUGCAGAUAGCAUUGACAGUGACAUUGAGAAUGUGAAACUUCUUUUAAACUACACCAAUCUAAUUCCUGAAGGACUUUAUCUUGACAGAGCAAUUAAGGUUGCCAAAGAGGAAUUAUCUCGUGAGUGUGAUUACAAGUUGGAGGCAGAAAAUCAGAAGCGAUUCCGAGAUCUUCUAGCUGGCGCAGAAGGAUUUUAUGUUCCAAUAGUUCGGGAUGAUAUUUUAAGCAAAAGAGUAUUAACCACAGAACUUGUUCAUGGAAUUCCAAUUGACAAAGUAGCAUUAUUGGAUCAGGAAACUCGUAAUUAUAUUGGGAAAAAGUUGUUAGAACUCACAUUGAGGGAGUUAUUUGAAUUCAGAUUUAUGCAGACUGAUCCUAAUUGGGGUAAUUUCUUAUAUAAUGAAGCUACAAAGACAAUCAAUCUUAUUGAUUUUGGAGCAGCGCGGGAUUUCCCCAAAAGUUUUGUUGAUGAUUAUUUAAGGAUGGUUCUAGCAUGUGCUAAUGGGGAUAAUGAUGGCGUCAUUGAGAUGUCCAAGAGACUUGGGUUCCUCACUGGAAUGGAAUCUGACGUGAUGCUAGAUGCCCAUGUACAAGCUGGUUUUAUUGUAGGGUUGCCAUUCUCAAAACCUGGUCCAUACGACUUCCGAUCAACCAACAUUACUCAAAGCAUUAGUCACCUUGGGGCGACAAUGCUGAAGCACAGGCUCACUCCUCCACCUGAUGAAGCCUACAGUCUGCACAGAAAGCUUUCUGGUGCUUUUUUGGCAUGCAUCAAGAUUGGUGCUGUUGUCCCUUGUAGAGAACUAUUGCUUGAUAUGUACAAGCAUCAUAAAUUUGGUGAAGUAAAUGAUGAUUUAUUAUCCAGUGGCUCAUAUAUUUGAUCCAAUUAUUUUUUUGCUAAUUAUAAUAAGUUGCACGAUGCUUGUUUGCAUCACAGCUCCGUAACAAUUAUACUUUGAUUCAGUUUGUAAAUGGAGUCCUUUAUGGGGACCAUUUCCCCUCUCACAUUUGUAACUUUAACUGUAAUUAGAAACUUUACUAGAUUGAUUCUUUCAAAGGUGAUUGAUCCUUUCAAACAGGGUUUGGAUGUUUUCCAUGUUAUCCUGCUAUGAACUGAAUUAUUAAUCUUCAGAAUCAUUAUUAGUCCUACUUAUGCA